AUGAAAGACGCUUCAGAUAAUACUAUUCACAUUAAUCUGUUAAAAGCAAUUUUAAUAUGGAAUACAUUUCGAGCCAAUCAUCCCAAAACUCGAUAUUCAUUAAAUUAAGCAAAUGAUUUUCACGAAGAUUGCCUAGCUAUUGAAACCAAGCAAUAAGUCGAUAAUAAAUUGUUAAUAAUUAAUAAUGUUGCAGAAAGAUAAGCUACUCAAUGA